UUAUUAUUAUUGUUAUUAUUAUUCGUAUAGACGCCGUCAACAUCGGCUGGAGCAAGAACAAGCUGAUUUGGAAUAUGAAAUUCGAAUUUUAAUGGCUCAGCCUGAACGUAAUAAAACUGAUUCUGACAAGGCUAGAGAAGAAGCUUUAAUAGAACGUUUGGUCGAAGUAGUAAAAUUACGUAACGAAGUGGUGGAAUGCUUGGAAAUGGACCGCCUUCGUGAGGCUGAGGAAGAUCAAAGCAUUAAACAACGUUUAGAGUCGCAUAUAGCAAAAAGAGAAGAAGAUGAUUCAAACUCUAGAAAAACAUUAACAAAGUUAUCAAAAAAAGAGAAAAAGAAACAGAAGGAAGGAAAAAAGCUAAGCAAAAGCAAAAAACUAGAUGCUGACAAAGAUGCUGAUGAAUCUGAAUUAAAUGUGGAUAAACAAAAAACUAAAAAGAAAAAGAAAUUAUUGAUCUUCUAAUAGACUGAAAAAUUAAGUCCUUCAGAGUUUUGCUAACCAAUGUUCCCGUGUGUGAUAAAACAGGCCAACAUAAAUAUAUAUCAAAAAAAAAAAAAUAUAUAUAUAUAUAAUUUAGCUCUGAUUUCGUCUUAAAACACUCGUUGGUUUAACUUACGUUAAAGUUGAAGCCCGUUCUAUUUAUUUAAGUUUAAUUUCCAUUUUGAAAUUCAAAAUUUCUCGUCCUAAAAUUAAAUUGAAGCAAAUCGAACGUCAAUAGAUAGCAUUUACUUUUUCUUAAGUAUUUUCUAUUAUUUUCUUAGCUUUAAAUAAAAAUCUAAUUUAAAUUUAUGUUAAUAAUCUCACAUUAACUUCUAUUAAUUAUUAUUUUUACUGAAUAUUAUCUUCAUGUUAUAAUCUUUAUUUGUGUAUUUAAUAUCUAUUUAUUCAUCAAUUAUCAUGUUUUUAUUUUACCAAAAUGUGUGUAAUUUUCAGAAAAAUAUGCAAAUAUUUUUUAUGUUAUUACAAAAAUAUAAAAAGUUAAAAUCGUUAAAAUUAAUUAA